UAAAUUUUUUUAGCUGGUUUAUCCCUUAGUGAUGCAAGAUGGCUCGAAAUAAAAGAAUGAACCAGACAGAAAUUUCUUUGGUAAAGUUUACUUAUGUAUACCCAGACAUUUACAGCAUUUGUGUGACACAGCUGCUCGGAUAUGCACGCGCCAUCCUCAUCCUGCACUAUUUUCCAAGGUUUUUCACCGUCAACUCCCUCUCUUUUAUUAUACUUAUCUAGAAUGAAUGAAUGAUGAUGCGUGAUCUACUCGACAGACUACCAAAGUACAGUCAGAGCCGACCGAUGCAUCCAUCAAUACUUUCCAGAAUGGAGUAUCCAAAUAUUGUAACAGCUAUCUCAAAAACUGCGAAGCAUUGUGUACUCGAAUUGACCAACGAUCAAAUAUGUUUCACUGUUCUUGAUGAUUCCGGUCGUGCACCAACAGUCUGGGUUGAAUUGUCGCGGUAUCACUUUUUUAACGAGUAUUUAAUGGUGGGCAUAGGCGAGAAUAACAACAAAAUUUUGUUUGAUUUUGAUGCACAAAUGCUGGCUAAAAGCUUGAUGUCACUGAAAGCAACUGCCAGAAGUGUCAAGAUGAAACUUACAAAUAAACAACAUCCCUGUUUGACAUUAGAAAUUGAAUUGCCUUCACUUACGACGGAUUCUUGGCAGUGUAUUCACGAUGUACCGAUUAAAAUCUUGCCGAAACAAGAGUGGAAUGUUUAUCAACCACCAACUAUACCCGAUUUUCACAUAUCGAUAGACUUACCACAGCUAAAGUACAUAAGAAGUUUCGUUGAACGGAUGAAAAACAUGUCUCCUCACUUGAGAUUAAUAGUAAACAACGACGGAUUACUUGUAUUAAAAGUAGAAACAGACGCAGCAAGUGUUGCGACGCAUUUUCAAAAUCUCCAAGUAUGGAAAGCAGACGAAUCAGAAAGAGAUAGUGUUACAGCAGCGGUUGACAUCAGACGUUUUUUUACAAUCCAUACUUGGGACGCUAUUCACCCUGAUUCAGUUAAAUGUAACAUUAUUAAUGAGAGGCUAGUAUACAUACACAUUAACUUAGACGAUAAUAUAAAAGUCCAUCAUUUUAUCCCAGCCGUAGCAAUUGAUUAAUACAAUUCAAAAAUGUUAUAAAUAAUGUCUUAGAUUUACAAAAAGAAAAAUUAUUUAUUUUUAUAAGAAACAUUUCAAUAAACUUGAAGACGUGUGUUA